AUGGGGAAGAAGAUAAUGGUUGAUGAAGAACUAAUGAACAGGAAAACUGCUGCAACCUCUAAUAGUAACAUGGAAUCUAAUUCUGGACAUGUGGUUACAAAUAGUUGGAGGAAACACGCCCAAGCAAAUCAGAGUGAUUCAACACCUCAUAAAGGGCCAAGGGCAACUUUAUCUCCCAGGAAAAGCCCAAGGCUGAUUGAAAAAGCUAAAAAGACAGUUGGUGUUAAUUUAGUAAAGAUGGUUCUGGAUUUUGAGAACCAUGUUGAGGAGCCGACACAGGCUAGCAGUCAGGACAUUGUGAAUCUAGAUGAUGAUUCACUAGGUACUGAAUUCUGGAAAUCAGCCGCGGAUAAAGUAGAUGUUGUUGAAGAAGCUGUCAAUGCGACUAAGGAAUCAGUGUUGCACCUUCUGAAUCUUAAUGCAGAUGAUUGUCACCCGGAAUACCAACCAUGGAGCCAACCACCCAUAUACAGUGAGGGUGAAGAUGAUGCAGAUUGGAAGGAGUUUUUACACAAUUUUAGUAUGAAAAACAGUACUGGUAAGGAUAGUGAGGAAGACGAUGAAGUUGCCAAAGAAGUUAAGGAACCACUGAUUGAUUUUGAGAUUGAAGAGGGUAAAGGGAAGGAAAUUGCUAAUGGAUCGGAAGAUGAUUAUGGUCCUGAAAUGGUUUGUAGGCCAUUACCUAAUCAUGAAGUUAAAUUGGUUGAUAAUGGGAAACAUUGGUUUAAUGACAGUGAUUUUGAAGAUUUCCUUACUGCUGCUGAUUCAGUGGAUCAUGAGUUAUUCCCUGAACUAGAAAAUCAAGUACAACUUUUAGUUGAUGACAAAAUUGAUGAGGGGGUGGAAUUUCCUGACAAGAUCGCUUUUAAGAAACAUCUCAGAAAAUAUUGUGUAUCUACUAGGACAGUAUGCAGGUUUACUAAGAGUGAUAAUAUUAGAAUCAAUGAUGUGUGUAAAGGAUUUGGAGAUCCCAUUCUAUGUCCGUGGUAUAUAUCUGCAAGGAGGAUCCCUGGUGAGGCGACUUGGAGCAUAAGAGAUUUCCACUUGUACCACACUUGUAUUGGGGAUCCUUAUGAGAGGAAUUCAUGUGCAAAUUCUGAAUUUGUAGCUCAACAUGUGAUCAACAAGCUAAGGGAGUCACAUGGCAAGACUGUACCCAAACCUUCUGAGAUUGCUGCCGAGUUUUGGACAACCCACGACACUUUGAUCUCGUAUCACGUUGCAUGGAAGGCUAGAAACAAUGUGUUGGAGAGGAUAAACGGAAGCUUUGAUGAGAGUUUUAGACUCAUACCAAGUCAAUGUGAAAUGAUCAAAAGGACUAAUCCCGGAUCAAUUGCUACUUUCACUUAUGGAAGAAAUGUGGUUGGGCUGGAUGGUUGUCACCUGAAGGGAAAGUAUGCUGGAUGUCUACUAUCUGCCGCUGCUCUUGAUGGGCAGAAUGGAUUGGUUCCUUUGGGUAUCAUGGUUUGUAGAAACGAGUGUGCGGAGAACUGGUUCUUGUUCUUGAAUAAUCUCAAGCCUAGAUUGGAUAAUCAUCCCGUUGAGCCAAUCUACUUCAUAUCUGAUAGACAGAAGGGUUUGAGAGACGUUGUCCAAAAGUUGUUCCUUACUUCACCACAUAGGCACAUGUAUGCAAACUUCAAAACGCACUAUAAGGGAUCUAAACUGCACACACUAUUCUGGAAUGCUGCUAGAGCUUAUAAGCCUAAACACUUUCAGGCACACAUGAAUAGUAUGAUGUCAGAGAAUGUUAGUGCUUGUCAUUAUUUGAUGGGCGAGGAUCCUAAAAGCUGGUGCAGGGCCUUUUUUGACCACAAGAGCGCUUGUGAACACUUGAGUAACAACUUUUCUGAAAGUUUCAAUAACAUGAUAACCAACAUUAGGGAGAAACCUGUCUGCAAGCUAGUUUUGAUGUAUGGACAGCUGGUGAUGGAGCUAUUUUACAAGAGAAGAAAUGCUUGUGUUGGAUGGGAUUCUGGAGAUUUGGUUCCUACUGCCAAAAAAUUACUGAAGAAGAUGUUUAAGAAAACAGGGGAAUAUAAGGUAGAAGGAGCGCUUGCUGGCAAGAUUUAUGAAGUCACAAGCAUACAUAAUACAGUAUUCACUGUUGACCUUGAGAAACAUACUUGCAGCUGCAUGCAAUGGCAGCUGAGGGGUUUCCCCUGUCAACAUGCAAUCUGUGCUCUGCAGCAAAUCAGACCCAGUUGGGUUGAGUAUUGUGCCAGAUACUACUCAGUGGAUAACUACAGGACCACGUAUGCCCCUGAUAUGGUACCAUUGGAAGGGCCUGAGGACUGGGAUGAGCCAAGAACAAUUAUUGUUCCUCCAUUGCUAAUUAGGAAACCAGGCAGGCCUGGGAAGAACAGGAGGAAGGCCUAUAAUGAGACCCUAUCUGAGAAGAAAGUCAGGUGCUGCAGCAAAUGCAAGCUGCCUGGUCACAACAAGACAACUUGUCCUGGUGGUGCAAUUGGCUCUAAUCCAAAGAGAAAGAGGUCUACAUCUGAAGAAGGCGGACUGGCGUUUCAAUCCCAAUCAUCAUCACAAGCUGGAAGUGCUGGUGGUUCUAUGCCUUCAACGAAGAAGCCAAAAAAAGCUACGACUCAGCAGUAG